ACAUCCUGAGUGGAAGUGUUUGACAUGAGGAUAAAGGCAACUGUCAGUCUGAGACGUCAAUAGAUUCACGAAGACGGAUAACUGUACAAAAAUGUCAACAAAGGACGUAUUUGUCAGAUGCCGAAUCUGAUUUUGGGUAUUGUCGCGGCUGUCCAUUUCCAAACGGAAACCACAGCUAGCUUCUGUACUGGACAGCAAGCACCCGCUAGCUAGUUAGCUUAUUCUCGAUUCCAGGACACGUCUCUUCAUUUAAAAUACAAAACUGAAUGUUGUUUCAGUCAUGAGUCCAGCCGGGUGCUCACAUGUGAACGCUUAUAAGGUGGACAAUUGGAGGCAAAACCUACGAGUCAUAUAUCAAUGCUUUGUUUGGAGCGGGAGUGCUGAAGCCAGGAGACGAAAGGUGCUUCAGAAUGAUGUGAGAUGGACAGCAUUGGCCAAAUCAUGUAUCUGUCACAUGUGCGGCGCCCACCUGAACCGGCUCCACUCCUGUCUCUCCUGCGUCUUCUUCGGCUGCUUCACCAAGAAACACAUCCACGAGCACGCCAAAAACAAACGACACAAUCUAGCAAUAGACUUAUUAUAUGGUGGAAUAUAUUGUUUUGUGUGCCAAGACUACAUAUACGACAAAGAGAUGGAACAGAUUGCCAAAGAAGAACAGAGGAAAGCCUGGAAAUUGCAAGGUGUAGGGGAGAAAUAUUCGACGUGGGAGCCUACGAAGCGAGAGCUGGAGUUAUUACGGCACAAUCCAAAGCGAAGGAAAAUCACUACAAACUGCACCAUUGGUUUACGAGGGUUGAUCAACCUGGGCAACACGUGCUUCAUGAACUGCAUCGUCCAGGCCCUCACCCACACCCCCCUGCUGCGCGACUUCUUCCUGUCCGACAGGCACAAGUGUGAGAUGCAGUCCAACUCCUGUCUGGUGUGUGAGAUGUCACAGCUCUUUCAGGAGUUCUACUCGGGCCACCGUUGGCCCCACAUUCCCUUCCGGCUGCUGCACCUGGUGUGGACUCACGCACGUCACUUAGCGGGCUACGAGCAACAGGAUGCCCACGAGUUCCUCAUCGCAGCGCUGGACGUGCUGCACCGCCACUGUAAAGGAGACACCGCCCGAGACGACAACGGGAAGAAGGCCAACAAUCCAAACCACUGUAGCUGCAUCAUUGACCAAAUUUUCACUGGCGGACUCCAAUCAGACGUCACCUGUCAAGUCUGCCACGGUGUGUCCACCACGAUAGACCCAUUCUGGGACAUCAGUCUGGACCUGCCGGGCUCGUCCACUCCCUUCUGGCCCCUUAGCCCCGGGGGAGACGGCUCAACGGUCAACGGAGAUAGCCAUCUUUCAGGGGCCACCACGCUCACAGACUGUCUACGCAGGUUCACUCGGCCUGAGCAUCUAGGAAGCAGUGCCAAAAUCAAAUGUGGCGGUUGCCAUAGUUACCAGGAGUCCACCAAACAGCUGACGAUGAAGAAGCUCCCCAUCGUGGCGUGUUUCCAUCUCAAACGGUUUGAACACUCUGCCAAACUGAGGAGGAAGAUCACCACCUACGUCUCCUUCCCUCUAGAGCUGGACAUGACACCUUUCAUAGCUUCCAGUAAGGAGAGCAGGAUGAAUGGCCAGUAUCAACAGACAGUAGAAGUAUUAAACAACGACAAUAAGUAUUCUCUGUUUGCGGUGGUGAACCACCAGGGCACCCUGGAGAGUGGUCACUACACCAGCUUCAUCCGCCAACACAAGGACCAGUGGUUCAAGUGUGACGACGCCAUCAUCACGAAGGCCAGCAUCAAGGACGUGUUGGACAGUGAAGGGUAUCUGCUGUUCUAUCACAAGCAGUUCCUGGAGUAUGAGUAGCCUUACCUUGUAGACCGCUGGCUCUGCGGAGAACCAACCAAUGACUGUGGAACAGAGGACGAUAAAACACGAACACACAAACCUACCUGAAACUCUGACUAUACCAGUUACUACUACCCCCCCUGACAGGGGUGACAGUCUAACAUAAACAAUGACUAAUAGUGAAAAAUCAUGCAAAACUUGUUCAAAAACAGCACUGAGCUCCCGGCAUCUACUUGACACAACUGAAUGGAGAAAGAGAAUGAGGAAAAGUGGAGUGGUGUGGGUGGGUAGGAGCCCUCCCUCUCUCUCCCUCACUCCGCCCCUUUUCUGACGUUGGGGCGGAGCCUUGUCGAGAGUGAUUGACAGUUCUGUGGAGAGGAAGUAGGAGGGAAGAGGGCACAGUGGGACUCAAACCCCCAAAACUACAGUAUUGAAUUGUGAAUUAUUGUUUCAUGGUGCUCUCGUUUCCACUGAAAAGCAUUUACCAUACAGUCACGAUGGGAGGAGACUGUCCAACGUCUUCAUAUGCAUACACAAGUAAAUGUCACGAUGGGAGGAGACUGUCCAACGUCUUCAUAUGCAUACACAAGUAAAUGCAAAAAAUAUAUAUACUUCAACAGCAAAACAAAGUAUGGUAUUAUUUAAAAUAAAAUAGCAAACAAGAUCUAGUUAUGAUUCUUAUCAUUUGAAUUUAGUUCUGGAAUAUGCUGUAUGAUCCUCGAGUACAUCUAUUUUUUUAAAGAGGAAAAGUGAGAGAACUGAGAGCACGAGACGCCAUCCUUGCUAGUUUCCUGGUAAAUAGCCAAACAUGAAAAAUGGACUUGGAUCAAACUGAACGUACCCAUGUUCAAACAAUUUUUUUGUUGAUUAUUUUCUUGUUUCAUUUUGGUUGAGGGCAAGGGAAUAUCUAUUUUUUUAUUUAGCGACUCGUUCAUUGAAAUUCUUUGUGUACCAUUUCUUUCCAGUGUCCACGUUAAUCUCAUCGUUCUGUUUUGUUGCGGUGCAGUAAUGUCCCUUCCUUGCUGUCAUGGUACCUUCAGAAGACGUUAUUUCGAUGUAGUAUUCUUUAUCGUGGAAAGUGUUGUUGGCUAUAUAAUGAUGGUGGUGAUUUAAAUUGGCUCACUUUUGGCUGUUGACAUUUUUGAGCUAUAGGUUUCUAUAGGUUUCUUGUGGCAUUAUGAAGUAGAGGCAAUCUAUUCUCUGUAGCUUGGUCCCAGCUCUGUUUGUGCUGUCUUGCUAAAACUCUUAUAGUAGCUGGUAAGCCAUCACAAACAGAUCUGGGACCAGGCCAUGGCUAUCAGACUGCUGUGGGUCUUUUUAGAAGACCUCUGCAACACAGUAGGGUGGAUACCUGGGGCAAAUCGCUUGCUAUUCCCCAUAUACUGCAGAGACAAAUGUAGUUCUCUAGGGAAUAGUGGGCCAUUUCAAACACAUCCCUCUAGAGUCUGUAAACUUAAGCGAUGUGCUAACGUAAGCCUACUGCAACACAGCUGUGCAGGUCUAGGGCAAAACUGAAAUGGCUCACUAUUCCCUAUAUAGUGCACUACUUUUUAAUUAUGUCCAAUAGUUAUGCACUACAUAAGGAAUGGUGUGCCAUUUUGGACACAUGUCCGUCUCUGUCUUAAUGACGCCUUGGGCAAUAAUACCUCGACGCCUACACCUCUUCUGUUACAAGACUCCGUUGACUGAUUUGUGUACUGUUGUUGGGGGGGAUAAAUGGCGAUGAUGAAGGAUUGCACGUACACGGUGGCGCUGUCUGUUUGCUGCACACUCUCCAGCUUUUGAAUCCAUCAGUGUUCUCUUAAUAUCCACAACAACAACCACAUGUGGCUUGUUUAGACCAAGGUUGUGUUCAUUAGGCACCAAAUAGAGAACUCACAAACGGGGAGGGACUGCUUGGGCUUGUCCAAUGAGAAACGCUAAUUUAAAUGUUCCGUGGCAAAACGUUUUAAAACGUUAUCCAUUGCGUGCCCUGAUGUGCACGACCCAAUGUGUCUUGUGGUAGGUUGCCUCUGCAGUGCAGUAACACAGUGCUCUAUCCUAUCAGUAUGCUGUCUGAAUUCUGAGUCUAAAAAGAAAGAACGCAAAUGUGUUGUUGGGUAUUUUAUGUUUGAAUAUCACUGUGUAUGUAAAGUUUUAAAAAAGAAAUGUGGGAAAAUGUAUACCACAUUGAUACCGCAACACUUUGGGUCUGGUCCAGCUGCUCGGGAAACAAACAAACAAUACAAAUAAAUCAAACAUAUCUAUCCUCUGGUCUGGUACAGAUAGUCCAUUAUUGAACCCUGAGCCAGAACAGAGAAAUCACACGUUUAAAUGGUCGCACCACCAAGGCUUCCGAUGAGAAGAGCGCCACCCAGAGGUCAUUCAGGAACGCAGCCCUAAAGUGUAAGAAGGUGAGAGGAGAGACAUUGUCCGUUUCAGUGAUUUUAAACUCAACAAAACUCAUGCGGUCCUUUUUUUCUCUUUAAUUAAAACAUACUCUGUCUCCAUUG